AUGUCUUUUAAAUUAGGAAUUCCCAACAAACCAGAACUAGCUGAUACAUAUUACUCCCAAUUUGACGAUGAAUUUGAGAACAAUGAGCCAGUUACGCCCGACGAUGAUGAUGAUGAAGAUGAAAAGACAAUAGUUCCUGCCAAUAGACUUUCCAAGAAAGCAUCGGAAGAGAUUGAUGAAGAAAAUGGAGAAGGAACCAUGAUGGGAGAAGAGACUCAAGAUAUGAGUGAAUUCAUUGGUUGUUUACAAGGUGCUUUACGUUCUACAACAAAUGAAUCAACGAUAAAUGAUGAUACUGGGAUAUUUGGACCUCAAACCAAAGAAAUAAAAAUAAAGAAUAUGAAAGAGUAUCCUUUAAUAUUUAAAAGCCAAGAUAAUCAAUAA